AUGUCAUAUGGCUCUCUCUUCCUUGGAAUAACCGCCUUUUGGAUCUUGGUACACGCGACAAAUCAGCUGUAUCUAUCCCGCAGCGAGGGUUCGACGCUACCAGCUUUUGCUCCCCGAAGACGAAGGACAGGGAACAUAACUGUUUCUGUCGACCGACUACACCUCCGUGUGCAAACGACGCGCCUCAAUAGCGUCCACGAUCUCUUUGCGCAAUGGUCCUCGAAGAAUCUUCGACUACGACGAGUCUUGUCUGGUUUUUAUAACUUGGGUACAGCCGCUUGUUGCAUGGGCGUGCUAACUGCUCUAGGCCUACUUUUAUGGACCACAUGGGGUUUGCUCUCUGCUACCUUCUCUGCAACCACGAAAUCUGGUCUCCCCCCGCCUGAUAAUACGCUGACGAAGCGCGACACCCUACCCCCCGAGCCGUCUAGCUCAACGGCAACUUCCAGCUUCGGUAUCCGACCCCUCAUCCCAGGUGUCACCGUACCCAUGAGCCAUCUGCCUCUCAUGCUCCUCGCCGUUCUCGUCGGCCAGAUCGUGCACGAAAUGGGACACGCUGCUGCCUCUGCACUUGAGCAAAUUCACAUAACUUCCGCCGGCCUUUCCAUCCUCGUCCUCUUUCCCUCCGCCUUCGUCGCCCUGCCCACUUCCGCCAUCGAGGCUCUCAGCGCCCGCGCUCGACUACACAUCAUCGCUGGCGGACCCUAUCACAACUUGUGCUACUUCGUCGCUUUAUGGACAGCGCGGUGGAUAGGGGUGUUUGCUGUCCUUGCGCCGAUUUCGGGUACAUUGGCGGGGUACGAGGAUAUCAGUGCGCUGGGCAGAGUGGUUGUGGGGGUUGAUGAAGGCUCAAACUUGCACGCCUACAUCCCGCGAGGAGCCAUAUUGACCCACCUUGACGACGUCAAACUUGACAGUGCGACCGCCUGGGAUGAGUACUUCACCGCGCCGUCCUCGAGCAAAGGCGCAAUGGGAUGGUGCGUGCCCCGAAGGCACGUCGCAGACGCCCCAACAGAUUGUUGCGAUCCCAGCCUUUUCGGCGUUCCGUCGACGCUCGCCUGCUUCGUCGAGUGGGGCGGCGGCGGCGGCGCGCAAGCAUGCUUAAACCCCGUCCCCCUCCUUGGGAAUCCUCGCAGUCCGCGGUGCGACGCAUCAGCGCCCUGCGCGGAUGAGGCGACAUGCGCUCAGCCGAGCGACGCGGCACACCUUGUGCGAAUAUGUAUGCAGGCAGCGGCAGGCCCGAGUGAAGAAAUAGUCAUCUGGAACGGCGAGCGGGAAGAGGUGCGGGAGGCAGUGCAAACCUCCACCUGGCGCCCCCGAUUAUUCUUUCUGCCUCUCGGUUUGCCGAGCACGGUGGAGGCUUUGUUGCAGUACCUCGAACUCGCCACCCUCUCCCUCUUCCUCUUCAACCUGCUACCGCUCCCGAUGCUCGACGGGGAGCAGUUCCUGCGCUCGUUGCUGGAUCUGGUGCUGGGCGAUGCGUCACCGUAUGAUGAGUAUGAUGUGGCGGCGCUGGAGGAUGCAGAGGCGGGAUUUGGCGCUGCUCAAAGUACGGGAGGGAGGACGAGCAGCGGUAGUGUGCGGAGGAGACGAUCAUGGAGGCCUCAAGACGCGGAAAGAUGGAAGGAGCGGGUAUGCAAGGGCGCCACGACGGUCACGAUGGGCUCACUGGGGACCUGCGUGGUGCUGGGGAUGGCUCAGAGCGUGCGGUGA